CGGUUACAUAAUUCUAUGCAAAAACAUCCCUCUGGUCCUCAUGUUUUCUCUUCGGAUCCUUCUCAGAUCCCUAAUCCUCCAUCGGCCUUCUCGACCUCUCCAGCCGGCGAGCGACGCUGUCGGCGGUCCUGGCCAGAUCCGGUGUUGGCUCCCCUCCACAGCUUCUUCUCCCUACCUCCUGUCUUCCGCUCCGGCUUCAAGGUCGCGUGGAUCCGCCUCCCGGCCAGGCCCAACGUCGCGCGGCGCAUCAUCGCAGGGAUUCGUCGGCCGUCGCUAGUCGUCCUCGUCGAUGGCCGCGGCCGCCUCGCGCACAACUGCCUAGGUCACCGUCUGGCCUCCACCAUGCCGGACUCCGAUGGGUUCGCGACAGAUCCGAAGACCCGCGGCACAGAGUUGUUAGAGAAUACGCAGCCCAGACGGCUACACGCGCCAGCUCUUCUUCCUGACUCCAUCCCCUCACUGGCUCAGUAUCAAGGCAUAUGAAGUUCCAAGAGCAAGAAACAGUAUAACUGGCGGCAAGAGAAGAACAUUCUGUCAUAUACCAUCAGGAUAGCAAAGCUGACACAAUUUUUUAAAGCAAUGCUUGUUCAGUUGUGAUCCUUAAGUCCUUUGCACUCAUUCUUACUGGUCAUGCACUAGAAAUGAUCAUGUCAACUUAUGUAUCACUUCAUAUGUAUGUAUGUCUCUUGUGGAUGCGCCAGAUUGACAAAUAUGUGUGCUCAGGAAGGGUCUAGUUUGACGUGUACUCGAAUAUUUGUGCAACUGAUGGUCUAGCUUGACAUGUACUCAAAUAAUUCCAAUAUUUGUGCUUGGAAUUGUCCAGUCUAA